UAAAGGCAAAUCAUAUGACUAUUUUUGUAGGUCGUCGUCUGCGAGUUCUGCUAGGUUGAUAGUCCAGAACAUCGAAUUUAUUCAAAGUGAAUAUGGCAAGCCAAACGCAGGGAAUCCAACAGCUUUUGGCUGCUGAGAAACGCGCAGCUGAUAAAGUUGCAGAGGCCCGCAAACGCAAGGCUAGGAGGCUAAAGCAGGCCAAGGAGGAAGCUCAAGAUGAGAUCGAAAAGUACCGUCGCGAACGUGAGAACCAAUUCCGCGAAUUCGAGGCAAAACACAUGGGUUCCAGGGAGGAUGUUGCCGUCAAAAUCGAGCAAGACACCAAGCAUCGCAUCGAUGACAUGAACAGGGCCAUCAUGUCCCAAAAGGAUCCCGUAAUGCAAGAGGUUUUGGCUUUGGUGUAUGACAUCAAACCUGAGCUGCACAAGAACUACCGUGCUUAAAUAAUCUUAGCACUCAAUGAUGAAUUCGUUAAAACAUUGAAUGUUUUAAAUCUUAAUUUAAUUAAUAAUAAUCAUUGAAAAAUAAAGAAAAGAAACAUAGUUAUUGAGCCGUCUUCUGGUGUCGGAUUAAUGAUGUAGAUGUUAUCAUUCCAUAUAAAUAUGUAGGCAUUG